CGAAAGGGGCGUGGUGCUGGGCCGGGCGUGCUUCGAGAGGCGCGAAGAGGGAUUUGAGCACGUGAAACGCCGUCUCUGCCGCUCCACUCCCCGCCAGCCGUUUAUUGUCUCUUUAAGGUCGUGGCGCGCGUGGAUAGCGGCGGUUGUGGUGGUCUGUGUUUGUCUCGCGAGAUCAGCGUUGGCGCCGUGACCUCCAUGUGAGAGCAGCGGCGCCUUGGUAAACAGUCCUCGGGGUUAGGACAUGGCUCCCGCCGGCGCCCGUUAGCUUAGCCGAGCCGGCAGCUCCCAGCUAAGCUCUGACAGGAUUUGCCGCCAUUCUGGGGUGGCUCUACAAAGCCGUUGCCGCCGGUGUGUCGCGAGUGGGGCGGGGGGGGAUUGGGCGGGCAAGCGUAGGAGGAUCCAAGGGUGCUGGCGGGCCGGGGAAGAGGAAGGCCGGCCGGUAGCAGAAGCGGCUCGCGCCGCGGUGGUCCUCGGGAUUCAGGCAGCAGCUCCCCAUCCCCACCCUCCGCUUCGCCAAGUGGAAAAAUCCAGAGGCAGGAAGCUCCUGUUCCUUCUCUUUUCUCCUUCGGGAGCGCGCCAUGUGGAUCCAGAUCCGGACCAUCGACGGUGCCCAGACCCGGACUAUCGACGACCUCAGCCGGCUCACCAAGAUCGAAAGUCUGCGCGAAAAGAUCCAGGAGAGCUUCCGCGUAAGCCCUGACCGGCAGCGCCUCUUCUACCGGGGCAAACAGCUUGAAGAUGGGCAUACCUUAUUUGAUUAUAAUGUUGGACUGAAUGAUAUAGUUCAGCUUUUGAUACGCCCAGAGUCCGAUGUUCCUGCUACAACAUUGAAUAAAAAAGAUGGAAAGCCUGGUCCCUGUGCAGUUGCCAACUGUAAGAACAAAGUCAAACAAGGAGUGAACAGUGGAUCAUCGAAUUUGCCAUCUACAUCAGCUCGCUCAUUUCUUAUAGAUCCUGGCAUUGGUGAAUACAAG